AUGGUGCGCUGCGCUCUCGCUUCGGCGCUGAUUGCCUCAUCAGCGAGCGCACUAAGCGUACCUGCAGCACACCUACUCCGCACGCCAUCGUCCCAGUCGCGGCCUCUGACAGGCAAAUUUCUCCACAUUACCGACUUCCACCCCGACCCCUUCUACAAGACCUAUGGCAGCACCUCCAAGGACGGCGCCUGCCACCGUGGCCACGGCGCAGCAGGCUACUACGGCGCCGAGACGUCGGGCUGCGACACCCCGCUGACGCUGGUCAAUGCCACUUUCGACUGGAUUCGCGACAACAUCCGCGAUGAAAUCGACUUCAUCGUCUGGACCGGCGACUCGGCCCGCCACGACAACGACGAGAAACACCCGCGGAACGACGACCAGGUCGUCCAGCUGAACAAAUUCAUCGUCAGCAAGUUCAGAGAGGUUUUUGCUCGCCCGGACGAUGACGAUGACGAUCCUACCAACGAUUUCAUCAUCCCAAUUGUCCCGACCUACGGUAACAAUGACAUCCUGCCGCAUAACAUUUUCCUCGAGGGCCCCAAUCACUGGACUACCACCUACCUGGAUGUUUGGCGGAGCAUGAUCCCGGAGGAGCAGAGGCACCAGUUCCAGCGAGGCGGUUGGUUUCAGGUCGAGGUCAUCCCGAACAAAUUGGCAGUCUUCAGCUUAAACACCAUGUACUUCUUCGACUCCAACUCGGCCGUCGAUGGAUGCGCGAUCAAGUCGGAACCCGGCUACGAGCACAUGGAAUGGCUGCGCAUCCAGCUGCAGAUCCUGCGCGAGCGUGGCAUGAAGGCCAUUCUCAUCGGUCAUGUACCGCCCGCCCGCACCGACAACAAGCAGAGCUGGGAUGAGACUUGCUGGCAGAAGUAUGCUCUGUGGCAGCGUCAGUACCGCGACGUCAUAGUCGCAUCGCUGUACGGCCACAUGAACAUCGACCAUUUCCAGCUGCAGGAUUUCAACGACAUCAGGCCGUCCACCGAGAAAGGAAAGAUGAAAGGCGCCUUGAAGCAGAAAAUCUCGCUGGAUACCCGUGGCGAAGUCUCGAUCAUGAGCCCAUCUGACUAUUUGAUGGAUCUGCGGAAUGAGUGGGCGAAUCUGCCGAGUCCCAAAAAGAAGGGAAGCGCCAAGGCCGAGGAAGAGGAGGAAGAGGAGUCAAUUGUCGAAAAGAUCCAGGAUUUCUUUGGCCAGAAGAAGGGAAAGAAGGGGAACAAGAAAUUCUUGGAUGAGAUCGGCGGACCUUGGGGGGAACGUUUCGGCUUCUCCCUGAUCGGCCCCUCCAUCGUUCCGAACUACUUUCCAACCCUGAGAGUGUUUGACUAUAACAUUACAGGCUUGGAUAAUCCCGGGGACCUGCAACAUCCUCGACACCUGCCCGGAGAACGCCUUCAGGAAAUCUUUGAAAGGGAACUGGAGGAUGCAGACCAGGACAAGGACGGUGAUUACGAAGAGGCUAUCAAGAGGAAAAACAAGAAGUACAAGUUCACCGUCCCCAAUCCGCCUUCCAAAUCGUCGCCUCCGGGUCCCGCCUAUUCGCCACAAACCCUGUCUCUCCUUGGCUACACCCAAUACUUCGCCAAUUUGACCCGCCUCAACAAUGACUUCCACAAGUCCCCCUGCUACCUCGCAGCCAUCAGCCACGCUUCCGAUGACAACACUACUAUCAACCCGACUUCUCUUCUGUACGCCGAUUACACGGAAGGCGACGAUUCGGAUUUCGGUGAUGGAUUCGGCGCCCAGCGCUGGCGCGAGGGCAAGCAUCGCGGGAAGAAGCCAGCGCAUCCGACACCGCACCCGCUCCCGUUCGAAUUUGAGGUCUUUUACCAGACCAACAAUAAGAGCGACCCCUUUAAGCUGAAGGAUUUGACCGUGCGGAGUUAUAUCAAUCUGGCGAGGAGGAUUGGGAAUUUCAACGAGAAGAGUGGUGGCGGCGGAAAGAAGCACAAGAAGCAUAAGAAGGACAAGAAGGACAAAAAGAACAAGAAGACCAAGGAGUUAGGCGGUGCUGAAGAUUCAAACCGUGGAGCCACGGACUUGGAAGCUGUGAUGAACGAGCUAGUUGGGAGCAAUGUGGAAGAAAAGGGCCGCGAGCUAUCAGGAUUCGAAGAUGGAUUGGACGGCGACUACUACGAAGAUUACGAGACUGACGAUGAUGAUAGAGACGAUGGGGAUGAUGAAUUAGAUGCGGCAAAGAAGAAGAAGAACAAGAAGAAGAAGAACAGGAACAAGCACCGGAAGAAGGGCCCGAAACACCACGUCUGGUAUACAUUCAUCGAGCGCGCAUUCGUGGGCACCAUGAGCCGCGACGAGAUCGACGAGCGGUUCGGCUGGAUCCCGGAACUGGCUGAGGCUGACACCACGUACGAGUCGCAGCCGCCGUCGGUCGUUGCCGAUGAUGCUGAAGACGUGGGCUUUGGCGAUGACGAGCUUUGA